AUUCUGUCAAUCUGCCUCUAGAACUGUAAAAACACCUUAAAAAAUCAUGUAAAUUUAAACAAAGCCUUUGAAAUAGUGGAGGAGAAGCACAGAAUUGUUUGAAAAUGCGAGCCAUACCUCAAAAUCAAGACACAGCACAGCAAGGCACCUAUCACGCUACCAACACAGCAUUUCCACGACCACCUCACCUUCCCUCACAGCACCAAACGCCAAGACACCUCACUCCACCUCACAGCAUCCCAAUCACCCCACCAGCACCACCAGAACCCCCCACAGCAUCACAGCAUUGCACCCAUGAGCCAGACAGCGGUUCACUCUCCCACAAGUGAAAAAGUAAAGAUGCAGUGCCAGUGGAGGAUGUGGGCAGCCAGCAUGGUAGUUGCUGCAGUGGUGGUGGCCAGCGUGAAGGGUGAAGAGGAGUGGGAGUGGAGACAUAGCAGAAAGGCUUCCAGCAUCCCUGGAUAUGUAGAGCCUACUACCAGCACCUCCACCUCUACAACCACUGCACCACCAGCCACCACCUUCCAUCCUGUCUUCUCAACGGACCAGCACAGUCGCACCAUGUUCCGCGGGGCUUCUGCCAACCCUUACUUCCUGAUGAUGGUGGGCACUCACCGCCAGCCACACGACGGCACCACCAAGAGCCGUGUGGUGGUGGACACGCCCCUAGAUGAGGACGGACCUGAGCCCCUUGUCCUGGGAGACACCUAUACCACUGUGGACCGCCUGCAGAGUGCACGGGGAGCCCAGCCACAGCUACCCCGCCCACAGAAGCACCUGCUGGGAGGACUCCACCCAGAUGAGGUGUUCUAUGCCAAUGAAGACCUACUCAUCACCAGGGGAGGAGGCUUCCACUCUGAGGUAUUCCAGGAACCCUCACAGCUCCUUCACGAAGAUGACAAUGCCAAGGACAAGGAUACCAUCCCCAAGACAGCCCCUGUGGUGGCCCUGCCUCCGUCCCCUGACCAGGAGUACAAUGGCAACAUCCCUGCCAUCCUGCCGCCGCCCACACACACUCGCACCAAGCCCAUCUCCUUCCUGGUGGGAGGCGCCUCCAACACCAACUAUGUGCUGUUGCCCUACGUGUACCCUCGGGCCUACACCAAGCUGAUCCGCACCUACCCUUCCCAAAUCAUGUACACGUACAGGUACCACCCCAGCCCAGCCAUGCUGCAGGCCGUGGCUCCCCUGCCGCUGCCACACUCCCUGGUGGGUGACACUGACGUCAACUUCCGCCACCCCAGGCCGCCCAUCAACCCCGACGCAGAGGUGUUUGUGCCGCAGCCCAGUCAUUCCUGGCGCCGCACAAACCUGUGAGCCUCACCGUCAGGCACUCUUCACUCCUCUCUGACUCUCUACACCCUACACUCCACUCCAGGCUCAUUCAUUUCCUCUCAUCUCAAUUUUGUACAAAGGCUACUGUAAUAAUAUAUUAGUGUGUCUAUAUCUAUUAUAUAAUAAAUAUAUAUGUUAUA